AGUUAAAACAAAUUCUAGCUGUGCUCUCAGCUGUUAAAUGUGAAAAUAUUCUACGUUCGAAUGUGAAGAUUUUGUUCUGACAGCUCUGAACCAUGGUCUUUCAUAAUUGUGGUGAUGGCAUUUGUAUUCCUUUUGGUUUCCUAUCCAUCAGGAAAUUUCAAGCGGUGUUAAUGUCGUUCAGUUUGAUGUGCUAUGUAUCAACAACAAAUCUCCUUGGCAUUAUGGACUUUAUCAAUGAAGAACACCUAAGAGAAGGUGGAAGUGAUUGGAACAUCCUUGGAAGCAGUGGUUUCCAGUUGGUCAUCACGUCAUUCUUCAUUGGCUACCUGAUGUCAAGCAUUCUCUCGGGAAUAAUGGUGACCCGGCUCAAUAGUGUAAUAAUGAUAAGUAGAUGCAUGCUGGCCAAUGCUGUAAUAACGGUCUUUACUCCGUAUCUUGUCCGAUCAUCGAGUUGGAGCGGUUUCUGCUUAACCAGGUUCUCCCUCGGCAUCUCGAGUGGUUUCAUUAAUUCAAGCAUUUUGGACAUUCUUGCAAACUGGUGUCCCAAGAUUGAACUUAUUGUCACUGGCAAUAUUGUUUUCUCUGGCCACUAUUUAGGAAAUAUUGUUUCUGCUGUUCUUAGUUCCACCAUAGGUCAAAACGAAAAUUGGCCUAAUGUAUUUUAUGUCUCCAGUAUCCUCUCAUUUACUUCUGCUGCAUUGUGGCACUUGUACGGUUGUGAAACACCUUAUAAGUGUUCAUAUAUUACCUUGGAAGAAUUAUUAUAUUUACAAGCGAAUCUCAAAGAUCUCUCCCUGUCAACGGAAAAGGUCAUUCCUUGGAAGGGUAUAUUUCAAAAUAAUUAUUUCAUCGUAACAAUGAUAUCGCACUCUGCGAAUAAUUGGUGUUUUUGGUUUCUUGUAUUUGAAAUCCCAAUUUACCUCAAAGACGUCCUUCGAAUAGAACCACAUGAGGUGAAGACACUUAUCAUUUUGCCCUAUGCAAUGACUUAUGCCACUUCUUUCAUAACAGCUUAUACGCUUCAAAUGUUUAUCUGGGGGAAUGUUACUAGUAUCGAGAACUCAAGAAAGUUGUGUAAUACAAUUGCUUUGUGGGGCUUGGUCUUCUGUUUCGCUGUCAUUUGGCUUACUGUCACAUCUUUCAGUUCUGUAUCAAUGUAUGCUCUAGCCGUUGUAUUGAACUACUACUCAUUUUUCGGCCAUGUAAUAAACUACAUCGACCUUUCUCCAAAUUUCUGCGGGCUCUUAAUAGGAAUCGCCAAUUGUCUUGGGAACAUCCCGACUGCGCUUGGAUACCUUUUCGUUUCCAAAUUGGUCUCAGAUACGUCUAUAAGUGAAGAGUGGAACCCCGCCUUCAUAAUGAGUGCAGGUGCAGCAUUUUUAGGAGGGCUGUUUUUCUUAGGAGGAGGCUCAGUUGAAGUACAACAAUUUAACUACAUUAACACACAAAAAAUGUAUAGAUCAACAAGAACAAGUAGAUCAAUGUUCAGCUUAAGAGAAAGCGUUAACUCUCAACCACAAUCAGUUGCAGAAUCAAUAGACAGUAUGAAUGUACAAGAAGCAUCAUCUGCCUCUAUCAUGAAAGAGAAAGUAUCACCAUUCAGAAAAAUGGGAAGUGCUAUUGGGAAAGUUAUACCUUAUACCAUGUUAAAUCAUUUGAAGACAAGGGGCUAUUCUCCAACCUUCAUCAAUUUGGAGUCUGAAUUGUCGAAAGGCCCGAUAACACAGUCGACAGCAGUUGUAACACCAAUCAUACACGACAUGAUCACUAACGCUUCUAUGAAGCAAUUGCAAAUGGAAAUUAAUACAUUACGUAAAAAAUCAUUGUAUUCCAAAUUAAUGAGGAGCAAACUAGCAGUAGCUUCUGAUGAGAUGGUUGGAACAACUUCAGAUUCACCCAAGGAACUUGAUGAUGUGGCACCUGGAUUAAAUGAGAAGCUAACAAACCGAAAGGCAUCCACAUCAAAACAAAUUUCACGCGAGUCACUGGUAAAACGAGAUCUAUCUCUAUUUAAACCAGAAUCUCGUGAGGCAUCUACAUCAAAACAAAUUUCACACGAGUCACUGGUAAAACAAGGUCUAUCUCUUUUUAAACCAGAAUCUCGUGAGGCAUCUACAUCAAAACAAAUUUCACGCGAGUCACUGCUAAAACGAGGUCUAUCUCUUUUUAAACCAGAAUCUCGUGAGGCAUCUACAUCAAAACAACUUUCACGCGAGUCACUGCUAAAACGAGAUCGAUUCAAACCAAAGUUGAAAGUGCGUUCAAUAUCUAAAGAGCCAUUGGAACAGUUACAAAAAAAAGAUCAAUCCAAAAUUAAGUUUGAUCUUCCUUCAACAUCUGAACAACUAUCACCAGAAAAGUUACUAAAAGAAGAUCAAUCCAAAAGAAAGUCAGAAAUUCCUUCAACAUAUGAACAACUAUCACCAGAAAAGUUACUAAAAGAAGAUCAAUCCAAAAAAAAGUCAGAAGUUCCUUCGACAUCUAAACAACUAUCACCAGAAAAGUUAUCAAAAGAAGAUCAAUCCAAAAUAAAGGGUGAAGUUCCUUCGACAUCUAAACAAGAAUCUCCAGAAAAGUUACUAAAAGAUGGGCCAUCAAAGCAACAGCGUCAAGAGAAGCUGCUGAAAAAAGAUCAAUCCAAAACUAAGCUGGAAGUUCUGCCAGACAUUUAUGGGCCUUCUACCUCAAAGAAAGAAUCACAAGAGAAACUGCCAAGAAAAGAUCUAUCUAAAACAAGUUUGGGAGCUGUGCCAAUACAUGAAGGACCAUCUACGUCAAAUCAGGAAUCUCAUGAGAAGGUACCACAACAAGAUCAAUCUAAACCAAGGCUAGAAGUAUUGCCAAAACAUGAUGGACCAUCUACAUCAAAGGAAGAGCCUCAAGAGAAGCUACCAAAAGGAGAUUCGACCCGUGAAGUGAAGCCGUCCGGCAGAAAACAAUGUUCGAAAUGCGGAAAAGGCUCGAGACGUCGGCUAGACGAAGCAGGCCCUUCCAGACCUAAAGAAAGCCAAGAAAUUUCGAAGCAAAAGGAAGACUCCCAAAAGGAUCCGACCCAGCCGGAAAGCGAAAAGGACGACAAAGAGAAAAAAGACGACGAACAUAAAGAUGAUAAGUCCAAAUAGAUGUUUCGGCCACUGUACGUUGACAAUUUGAACGGCUUAAACAUCCUGGAAGAAAGAUCCUGGAUCUGUGAAGUAUUCAAAUACUGUUUUGGUAUUCAACUAGCUUGAUUUUAUUCAGUUUAUGUUGAAACGAGUUCAAAAUGGGGUUUACAAUUUGAAUGGAAUAGAUUUAACAAGAGGAACUGGCGGUAUUAAAAGUAAACUGACUUCAUCGAAUAGCAACGACGAAACGAGCCGGUAAUAACGAUGGCAAACAAACUUCACCCAAACAUGACUUAACUGAGAGCGAGAAGAGAUCGGCUUCGCAGAAACAAGG